GAGUGCAUAUAGAGUACAGCUCUCCAAUUCCAUCGACUGAUGAUUGGAUUGGAGUAUUCUCUCCCGCAAACUUUAGUGCUUCCACAUGUGCGAAAGAAAAUCGUAGAGUCUAUCCGCCACUAUUGUGUUCUGCGCCCAUUAAGUAUCAAUAUGCAAAUUACUCAAGUCCCCUCUACAAAGUAACUGGAAAAGGGUUUCUGAAGCUUCAGCUAAUUAAUCAGAGAUCAGAUUUCUCAUUUGCACUAUUUUCUGGUGGCUUGUCAAACCCAAAGCUAGUGGCAGUGUCAAAUAAAAUAGCUUUUGCAAAUCCAAACGCACCAGUUUACCCUCGCUUGGCGCUAGGAAAGUCAUGGAACGAGAUGACUGUAACAUGGACAAGUGGAUAUGGGAUCAGUGAUGCCGAACCUUUUGUUCAAUGGGGUCCAAAAGGAGGGGAUCAUAUGGAUUCUCCUGCUGAGACACUGACUUUCACUAGUGAUAGCUUAUGUGGUGCACCAGCAAGAACAGUGGGAUGGCGUGACCCUGGAUACAUACACACCAGUCAUCUGAAAGAACUGUGGCCCAACAGAAUAUAUGAGUACAAGAUAGGACACAGAUUAAACAAUGCUACAUAUAUCUGGAGCGGAAACUAUCAGUUUAGAGCACCUCCUUUUCCUGGACAAAAGUCCUUACAACGUGUAGUCAUAUUUGGAGAUAUGGGAAAGGUUUGAACUGUUAUGAAAAUAUAUGCAUGCAUAUAUUUGAUGGAUGACAUCUAUUAUAUUUGUCAGCAAUUUCGGUCAUGGAGUUUGAUCAUAACAUAUUCUAAUAAUUUGAUGUCUAACAUUGAGAUUCGCUCAUACUGGGAGGAUACUAAAUCAAUUCUAUCUUGCUUGGCCUUUUAAAAUCUAAUCUGUGGUAUCAA